GCGUGGGAGCUCUGUCAGAUGAAGACUCCGGAAAGUCGCUCAUUUCCGCGACAAAAGGCAGCCGGCGUCAGUAAACAUGAGCACGGAUGAUGCCGAGGGUACACUGGCGUUUAUUUCACCCGGCGGUUCACCCAGACACCUGUCAGCUCGUUUAAUUCAUCUGUUUGACUGGUGGUCAUCAUGGCUCGUGAGCGGCUACACGAGGAGCGAGAGGAUUAAAGCGACUCAACUCCUGUGAGGCCUUGCGGAUGAAAAUGCGCAUGCUGACAACAAAUGAUGACCUGCAGAAUGAGAAACUAUGAUGGAUGGACACAUCAGGACACACAACCUCCCAUGGACACUGCUUUGAAAGAAUAAUUUCCUGGGCGCUUUUUCUACAUGCCAACAGUAUGUCACUAUCAGACUUCAAAUAUGGGAGCAACACCCAGACGGACUAUAACUACAUUCACACCUUACUCCUGGGUGAGAGCUAUGGAAAAAGGCCUGUCAGGACAUUUUUUGACUUCCGGCACACAAACCUGCCUCAAAAUGUGGAUUCAAAGUGGGUUAUCCUGAUGAAUUGCCUGCGGAGCAUCUCCAAAGUCAAAGUGGUGAGUUUUCUGAUGGGCCUGACGUUGAUGUUUCUCAUCAUGGCAUCCUACAUCCUCACGUGGGACAAGAAAGGACUUUUGUUGACCCCUUCGCCUGAUGAGCUCAGACCUGUGUUUGUCCCGCCCUGCACAACAGCUGUUGGCACUUCCUCUGGAAAAACUGUAAUAGACAUAAAACUGUUGGUGAAGGUCAUCCGGUCCAAACUGGAAUACACACCCAGGAAGGUGCCGGAUGAAACGGAUGUCAUUAAAACGGACCCCCAUUUGUUCUCUGUAAUUCCUCACCAUUUCCUACCUGAUGUCAAGAGCCCUUGCUGGUACGAGGAGUUUACGGAUGAACUUAGCACUGAUCCGUAUAAGAGGAACCUCUUCACUCUGCGCUCGAAGAGCUUCAAAACAGUCUGCGACCACCUGAGGUCCAACUUUCAGCAGCACUUACACCACAGAGACAAUAAAAUGUUUCGUCUACGCUGCCUGCCGUACUUUUACAUCAUCGGCCAACCAAAAUGCGGCACGACUGACUUGUUCCACAGGCUGUUGCUGCAUCCAGAAGUCCAGUUUAACACCAUGAAGGAGCCACACUGGUGGACCAGGAAGCGCUUUGGUUAUAUCCGUUUUAAAGAUGGCUUCCAGGAAAGUUUUCCUGUGGAGGAUUACCUGGACCUGUUUGACUUGGCAGCUAACAAAAUCCAAGAAGUAAUCAGUGGAAAUUCAUCUGGACACCACCGAGCACUCCAGCUCAUAACAGGUGAAGCCAGUGCAUCAACCAUGUGGGACAACCAAGCCUGGAGCUAUCUCGACGGGGAGAAAGAGGUGGCAGAGCCUCCGUUCUUGGCCCAGGACUUCAUCCACACGGUUCAGCCUGGUGCCAAAAUCAUCAUCAUGCUUCGAGAUCCAGUAGAAAGGCUCUACUCUGACUACCUGUACUUUAAGAUGGCCAAUAAGUCAGCAGAGGACUUCCAUCAAAAGGUCAUCGACUCUGUACAGUUGUUUCAGUCCUGCCUCUUAGAGAGGACAAUUUGGUCCUGUGCCUACAACACCAGCCUGUCCAACACGAUGCCGGUAAGGCUGAAUUUGGGGAUGUACAUAAUCUUCCUGUUAGACUGGCUGACAGUUUUCCAAAGGGAGCAGAUUCUUGUUCUUCGACUAGAGGACUACGCAGCCAACCUUAAAAUGACAAUAAAACAAGUUUUUAAUUUCUUAAGUGUAGGUCCUCUGCCUGAGCAAGUGGAAGCAGCAGUGACCAAACGGCCCAUGUCUAACACCCGGCGGGCAGCAGACAGAAACCUGGGCCCGAUGCUUCCAGCUACCAGAGACAUCCUCAGGGAAUUUCACCAGCCUUUUAACCAAAAACUGGCCAGUGUGCUGGACAACAAGGCCUUCCUCUGGAGUACUACCUGAUGGGACAUGAGCAUGGCCAAAUGUGGCUAUACAUCCAGAGCUGGAACCUACUGCACAAACACCUACUGAUGUAAAAAAAAAUUUAAAAAUAAUAAUUACAGUGGGAGAACUUAUUAAAAGAUGUAUAUGAUAUAUGGAAUUAUAUAAGGCUCUGGAGAAGUUUAUGGGAUUGUCUGUGAUAUUUAUUUCUUUUAAAAGGAUGUGAAAAACUGAUCAAGUCAAGAUGAGAAUAAAAUAUACUGAAUUUAA